UGUGAGGGGCGCAGAGAAGACUGCUAGGAAGAGUACUAAAGGGACAAAGAACCGCUGGUUCACGUCCCAUCAUCUCCAAAAGUGUUGGAAACCUCAACGUCUGCGUCUUGGAAAGUGUGCACCGUUUUUACUUCGUCUAUCAAAAUCACUGUUCUUUCCUCCCUCGUCCUGCAUCAUGCUGCGCCCGGUUGCCAUCCACUGUCUGUUUUCCACCUUGCUGUGUAUGUGGACGCUGUGCAACGCCCAGUCAGACUCCAGCCCCCCUGCGAUCCAGCUACGACUAGCCGGGGAGAAGCGGAAACACUACGAGGGCCGGGUGGAGGUUUUCUACAAUGGAGAGUGGGGGACAGUGUGCGAUGACGACUUCUCCAUAUCCGCUGCCCAAGUGGUGUGCAGAGAGCUCGGCUUCAUGAAUGCCGAGUCCUGGCUGCCCUCGGCCAAGUACGGAAAAGGAGAAGGUCGUAUCUGGUUAGACAAUGUGCACUGCUCUGGUGGUGAGAAGAGCCUGGCUCAGUGUCACUCCAAUGGCUUUGGAGUGUCGGACUGCAAACAUUCAGAAGAUGUCGGAGUGGUCUGCACCCAGAAGCGCAUUGCAGGCUUCAAGUUCAUCCUGAACCAGGCCAGCAGCGAAGAGGGUUUGUCGGUGCAGGUGGAGGAUGUGAGGCUCAGGGCCACUUACUCUCAGAGGAAAAGGAUUCCCAUCACGGAGGGCUUUUUGGAGGUGAAAGACGGAGGCAAGUGGAGACAGAUCUGUAACGAGGAGUGGACUGAGAAGAACAGCAGAGUCAUCUGUGGCAUGUACGGCUUCCCCGGGGAGAAACGCGUCAACACCCGACCUUAUAAAUUGCUGGCCAAGCGUCGUAAGAAGAACUACUGGGGUUUCUCUGUAAACUGCACAGGCAACGAGGCCGACCUGACAGAUUGUAAGAUGGGCAGAGAGAUACAGUUGAAGGGAAACAGCACCUGUGAGGAGGGCAUGCCUGUAGUGGUCAGCUGUGUGCCUGGACGUGCCUUUGCUCCCAGCGUCAGUGCCGGCUACAGGAAGGCCUACCGCGUUGAGCAACCCUUGGUGCGUCUAAGAGGCGGAGCUAUGAUUGGCGAGGGGCGAGUGGAGGUGUUGAAGAAUGGGGAGUGGGGUACAGUGUGUGACGACAACUGGAACAUUCGAGCUGCCUCCGUGGUGUGUCGAGAGCUGGGCUUCGGUAGUGCCAAAGAGGCCUUGACUGGCGCCCGACUUGGACAAGGAAUCGGGAUGGUCCACAUGAACGAGGUGGAGUGCUCUGGCUUUGAGAAGUCACUGACUGAGUGCUACUUCAACGGUGACGCGUUGGGCUGCAGCCAUGAGGAAGACGCAGCACUCAGGUGUAAUGUUCCCGCCAUGGGCUUCCACAAAAGACUCCGGUUAAAUGGCGGCCGCAAUGCCUUUGAGGGCCGUGUGGAGGUUCUGGCAGAGAGGAACAGCUCUAUGGUGUGGGGCUCAGUGUGCAGUGACAGCUGGGGGACUAUGGAGGCCAUGGUCGUGUGCAGACAGCUCGGCUUGGGCUUUGCCAGUCAUGCUUUCCAGGAAACAUGGUACUGGGAAGGAGAUUCCUCAGCUGACGUAGUCUUGAUGAGUGGAGUGCGGUGUUCAGGAACUGAGCUUACUCUGGAUCAGUGUCUACAUCACGGGAAACACGUUCACUGUCCCAAAGGAGGUGGACGCUUUGCUGCGGGGGUCUCCUGUACUCAGAUGGCCCCAGACCUGGUCCUCAGCACCCAGGCUGUGGAGCAGACCACCUACCUGGAGGACAGACCCAUGUACGCGUUGCAGUGUGCCCACGAGGAGCACUGUCUGUCCGAAAGUGCUGACACAGCUGACCCCAACUCCCACCGCCGCCUUCUCCGCUUCUCCUCCCAGAUCCACAACAACGGCCAGUCAGACUUCAGGCCACGGGCGGCACACCACUCCUGGGUUUGGCAUGAGUGUCACAGACAUUACCACAGUAUGGAGGUUUUCACCCACUAUGACCUGUUGAGUCUAAAUGGCACUAAAGUUGCAGAGGGACACAAAGCCAGCUUCUGUCUGGAGGACACUCACUGUGACGAGGGAAUCGAGAAGAAGUAUGCAUGUGCAAACUUCGGGGCACAAGGCAUCACAUUGGGCUGCUGGGAUACCUACAGGCACGACAUCGACUGUCAGUGGAUUGACAUCACAGAUGUGAAGCCCGGCGACUACAUCUUCCAGGUUGUGAUAAACCCUAACUAUGAGGUUGCAGAAUCAGAUUACACCAACAACAUUAUGAGGUGCCGCUCCCGGUACGACGGACAACGCAUGUGGACAUACAACUGUCAUAUAGGUGGCUCAAUGAGUUCAGAAACAGAGGAGACAUUCCCUGGACUGUUGACCAACCAGGUCUCCCAUCGGUAGACCAAAGGUAGACCAAGCAGAUUGACAUUAGGGAAUCAUAUAUUGAUAUUCGACAACCACUAGAGGGAGCUGUGCUGUUUUGCUUCCUUGGAGCCGUGCUGGUUUGUUUUUGGUCUCAGGGCUCAACCGGUACAACGGACAACGAUUCAAUGAGAAAAUGAACUGCUUUGCUUAUCUAUUAAUAACCACAUUCAGCUGUACAAAAAAAAUGUCCUUAUCUUUUAAUGUUGUAGUGCCUUUGCCAUCAGUGAAAUGUAGAUUUCGACCUGGUGCUUACUGGGAGAGAUGUCAGGGAAGGAUGCAGCCACAUAAUUUAUUAAAUUAACUGUGCCAACAGUUGUUUUUCAAAGCCAAAGUUUGGGAAAAGCCUGAAACCAACAUCCAUUAGAUGACACCUUUCACCCCUAUGUUGUGUUUGCUUAGGAUGGAUGAAACGAGUGUACUGGAACCUGGUGCUACAACUGAAUCUUGCACUGUAUGUUUCCCACCCAAAACAGAUGAAUCCACAGUAUUGGAUGGUUAAAGGCUUUAACUCGAAACUGAGAACAAAUACAGUACACGAUUAUAAUUACUGUAGAGCAACAUGGCAAACAAUGAAACUGACAAAUAAUUGAUGACAACUUGUAACCCAAACUGUAAUUUAGGCCUAAAUUUUGAUUUAUUUUCACAUUUUCUGUCAUGGCUCCUUUAGUUCUGAACACGGUAAAUUGUAUUGGAUUUGUUUCCUGCAGUGUUUCUGUCAACUUGUAAACAUUUUCACUCAUAAAUUGUUAGAAUUAAGCAUAAAUAGGCUUUUUUUUUUUUUUUUCUAUCAGGAUUUUGUGUUCCACAUACUUGAGGUCGCUUUUGAAAAUGUUUUAUUUAUUGAGUUUUUUUGUCUUGGUUGUUUGAGUCGACACAUUUUCAUCUUCAUGAUCUUUGCAUCCCCAUAGCUUAUUUCUCAAUGUCUGAGUUUUGUUACAUUAUUCUCGUCAGGGACCGUGAUAACAUUGUGGACGACCAUACUGAAAAAGCUACAAAUGUAUGUGAAAAUGCCUCUUCAUUGUUUUGUGAAUUAAGGUUUUUUUUUUUUAUUUUUAUUUUAAAAGAGUACUUGUUGCUUGCUGCCUGACUGGUUAUAUUUUAUAUGAAAGGGUGAAUGUGGAAAAGAAUUUUUACAUUUUUAAAAUAAAUAUUGGUGAAUGCAGAUCCAAAUCUAAAUGAUGAAACUUUUUUAUAAAUUCUUAGUGUAUAGAAAUAGAACCUCGUAUGCAAAUUAAGAGACGCGUUGCGGAAUGUGACAUUCAAGUCUUGUAUAUUUAACAGUUAACAGCUAUCCCAAGUUUAGUGUUCUGCUCACUAGCAAUCAGAUCACUGUGGCAGCUAUAGUUGGACAAACAUUAAGUUAACUCCGUAGCAAACUCCACAAUUCUGCCUGCGUACUCUUAAAAUUGCUUAGAACUUCCUUUGUCACUUGUGUUCAUCCGUUCACCUGUUUAAGCCGACAGUGUUUGCGAUUCCCUUCAAUAUCGCUGCCCUCUUGUGCCUCGUCCCUGCAUCCCCAGGGCUCUGGUCACCAUCCGCUUGGCAACAGCACAGUCUGUCCGAGGACGCUCCUUUACUGGCUGGAUAGACUCUGGAAGAUGGCAUAGAAACAACCAUCUGAUCCACAUUGUCCAGUGUUGAAACAAAAGAUGAUACUAUAUACCACAGAAGGGCUGUGUUAUUUAUUCCAAGUAGCUCUGGGGCUUAUACAUGUUCGAUGAAUCACCUACCUGCUCGUCUGCUGGCCUUUCCUUUGGCUUUUAUACUCGCUUCAUUCAACGCUCUUGCCUUCAGCAGUGGAUGGCAAAUGGAGAGUGCCUGGAUUGCUGCACAUGGCAUUGCUAUAUGUCAGUACAAUCUUUUAACCUCAGCACGACAUUCAUUGUGCAGCGAGGACUCCAUACCUGCCGUCUCGUUGGAGAAAACCCCCAGGGCAUGUGUGUCGUCAACCCACUCGAUCUUCAUUCCACCAUCACUGUGACAGACAGGAAAGCAGAGGUUUGUAGAACAAUUGUCUGAGAUGUUAAAAUAGCUUACAUUGGACGUACAGGAAUAUAUCUAAAGCCACAGUUGAAUAAACUUAAACCCCAGCAGCCUCAUGAACUAGAAUAGAAAAGCUGACGGAGACAGAUUUAGGAUCUAAACUCUCUGCUCGUACCUGUGGUCUGUAAAAGCAUCCAGGAGGUCAUCUGUCUUGAAACAAACUGGGAAGUCAUAGAUCUCGAUGACGUGGCAAAACCUUUCCAGGCUGUAACCCACAUUCUCAUAAAAGGAGUAGUCAUUGUGAACGUGCUCAAUGGAAAUGGUCUCCGGCUCUUUCAGACGUGUCUUGAUCUGAUAGGACAAACACAAACAAAUAUGACAAUUUAUGAUGCUAAUGUGGCCUCAACUUUAAAGAGUUUAAUGUAAACGUUAAACCAAAGAACAAAAAGUACAGAGCAAUGACAUGAUGCUAAUAUUAAUAUAUAUGUAUGUCAGUAAAAUGGAUAAAGUAAGUAAGAAAAACAGCAAAAGCAGGCGUACCUCUUCAGUUACAUCGUCUGUGUCUGUGCAUACGUCUCCCUCGCCCUUCUCAUC